AUGCCUACACUAAAAAAUCCACAUCCUCACUUCGAAUUGCAUACCACAUGUGGUUCUCGAAACGAGACUAAUACAAACGAUUCCUUUGUCACCACUAUAAAAAAAGAUUCAACACUAGAUGCUGGACAAGAAAAGACUCUGAAAGAGAAAUUCUCAGAAAUUAUUCCUUACAAAGUACAAGAGCUUCAAGCUUUGAAGAAAGAAUAUGGUAACAGGGUCAUCAGUGAAGUAUCUGUCGAACAAGUGCUUGGAGGCAUGCGUGGGAUAAAUAGCAUACUUUGGGAUGGCUCUCUGUUGGAUCCAAUCAAAGGCAUAGAAUUAAAAGGUUAUACCAUCCCAGAAAUAAAACAAUAUUUUCCAAAGGAAACAAAUAGUGAAGAGCCAUUACCAGAGGCAUUAUUUUGGCUAUUUUUGACUGGGGAAAUUCCAACAAAAUCAGAAGCCAAAUUACUUUCAAAAGAACUUUCUAGAAGGGCUUCAGUUCCUGACUAUGUAAUAGAAAUUCUUAACCGUUUACCAAAAACUUUACACCCGAUGGUACAGCUUUCCAUUGCUGUUGCCGCUUUAGAUUCUCAAUCAAAAUUUAAUCAGGCAUAUUCUCAGGGUGUUAGCAAAACGAAUUAUUGGAUUUACACUUACGAAGACGUCCUGGACCUGUUAGCUAUGCUUCCUAUACUUGCUGCAAAAAUUUAUGCCAAUACCUUCAAAGACGGGCAGCUCGGCGCUUUUGACCCUGACGCUGAUUACGCCAAGAAUUUUGCUACUUUGCUAGGUUAUGAUAACAACGACUUUAUCGAACUCAUGAGAUUAUAUCUAACAAUUCAUGCGGAUCAUGAAGGGGGAAACGUUUCUGCACACACUACUCAUUUAGUCGGUUCGACCCUAACUUCUCCAUAUUUGGCAUUUUCAGCCGCACUAGAUGGUCUCUCAGGCCCUUUACAUGGUGGCGCUAACCAAGAAGUCUUGGAAUGGUUAUUAAAUUUGAAAGAAAAGCUCAAUGGAGACUAUUCAGAGGAAACCAUUGAAGCACAUUUAUGGGAUACAUUAAAUUCCGGUAGAGUAAUCCCAGGCUAUGGUCAUGCCGUACUGAGAAGAACAGAUCCUCGUUAUUUGACACAGCGUGAAUUUGCAUCGAAGCACUUUCCAGAUUAUGAUUUAUUUAGAUUGGUGUCUGCUGUAUAUAAUGUUGCCCCAGCAGUCUUGACAAAACACGGGAAAAGUAAGAAUCCCUGGCCAAAUGUUGAUGCACAUUCGGGAGUAUUAUUACAGUAUUACGGUUUGACAGAAGUUUCCUUUUAUACAGUACUAUUUGGGGUUUCGAGAGCUUUUGGUGUUUUAUCUCAACUUAUAAUUGACAGAGCCAUUGGUGCUCCAAUUGAGAGACCAAAAUCUCUAACGACGCAAAGAUUGAAAGAAAUCAUUCAAGAUGUCCCCAAGGUAAAAUCACGUAUGUAG